GAGAGAGAGAGAGAGAGAGAGGGAGAGAGAGAGAGGGAAUACUACAGCUUAUUCGCGCCCACCCAGUGUCCCUCCUCCCUCCUUCCUCUCUCCUCUUCCUCUACCAACUCGCCUGUGCAUCACUUUGUCUCGAGUAACUCUAACAUUUGUCCACGUCUCAAAGAAAAGCUGGACACUUGUCUAUGACUCUUUUUUUUUUUUGCUUUAAAUCCACCUCGUGUAUUUUAAAGCACAGUGGACAGUCAGUGCUGCGUGUUCAAGGCAGUUAUUCAGCCCUUUUAAGCCUGCUUUAAUUAUGUUACACGUAAAGGAGCGUUCGUGAAGCUGAGCGCUUUACUGGGGUAAAAAUGACGCCGGCUCUGUGAAGGAGACCAGCGCGUAAAGACAUCUGCGCAAAGUUGGCCAUGGCAGCUCUCCGGCGGAAGUUCGGCGAGGAUUAUCACCAGGUGGUGAACCCGGCUCGCGGAGGCGCGUUCGCGGCUCCGGUGAAGAAAAAGCGGCAGCGCUUCGUGGAGAAAAACGGCCGUUGUAACGUGCAGCACGGCAACCUCGGCGGCGAGACGAGCCGCUACUUGUCCGACCUCUUCACCACGCUGGUGGACCUGAAGUGGCGCUGGAACUUGCUUAUCUUCAUCCUGACGUACACGGUGGCCUGGCUGGUCAUGGCGUUCAUGUGGUGGCUGAUCGCAUACGUGCGCGGCGACCUGGAGCGCGCGCGCGACUCGUCCUACACGCCGUGCGUGGCCAACGUGUACAAUUUCCCGUCGGCUUUCCUCUUCUUCAUCGAGACCGAGGCGACCAUCGGUUACGGCUACCGCUACAUCACGGAGAAGUGCCCCGAGGGCAUCAUCCUGUUCCUGUUCCAGUCGCUGCUCGGCUCCAUCGUGGACGCCUUCCUCAUCGGCUGCAUGUUCAUUAAGAUGUCGCAGCCGAAAAAGCGCGCUGAGACGCUCAUGUUCAGCCAGGACGCCGUGAUCUCGCAGCGCGACGGCAAACUCUGCCUCAUGUUCCGCGUGGGCAACCUGCGGAACAGCCACAUGGUGUCGGCGCAGAUCCGGUGCAAACUCAUCAAGUCUCGUCAGACUCCUGAGGGCGAGUUCUUGCCGUUGGACCAGUGUGAGCUGGAUGUGGGAUUUGGGACAGGAGCUGAUCAGCUCUUCCUCGUCUCUCCUCUGACCAUCUGCCACGAGAUCAAUCCCAAGAGCCCCUUCUUCGACCUCUCGCAGAGAUCGCUCAUGAACGAGCAGUUCGAGAUAGUCGUCAUCUUAGAGGGCAUCGUAGAGACCACUGGUAUGACAUGCCAGGCACGGACUUCCUACACCGAGGACGAGGUGUUGUGGGGCCACCGCUUCUUACCCGUCAUGUCUCUAGAGGAGGGCUUCUUCCGCGUGGACUACUCGCAGUUUCACAGUACGUUCGAGGUUCCCACGCCACCCUACAGCGUGAAAGAGCAUGAGGAAAAAGGUUCGCUUCCUUCUCCACUCGCUGUGCCACACCGUGAACGCGUCUUCUCCGUCAACUGCUUGGAGCUGGGGGCGGAGCAGCCCAGCCUCGGAGGCAGCUCCUCCUGCAGGCUGCCCAGCAAGCUCCAGAGGAUGAGCUCGUCUGGGAAAGAGGAGCUGCCCAAGAAGGUUCUGCGUUUGAGCUCCCAGGCAUCGGAGAAGGCGUCCAGCACAGGCGAUUUGCCCCUCAAACUGCAGCGCAUGGGCUCCGGUCCCGGCCAAUCAGACGACUUCCAUCUCAAAGCCCUCAGGGUGGGCUUCGAACCCAUGACCAUGUCCACCGGAGACCUCCAGCAGAGGAGCCUUCCCCCGAUGCCAUCACCCAUCGCCCUGCCACACACUCACGCUCCUCCACAUACUCCUCUGCCCUCAGCUGGAGCCAGAAUGGAGGAUAAGCUGCCUGCUAAACUGAGGAGGAUGAACGCUGACCGCUGAGGUCACAGCGACUUCGUUGUUCUUUGUUGCUGAUCCGGGACUUGACACGAUUUCAGUCCUGCAUCAGCAGGAAAGAACAACUUCUUCUAACAUACAUAGAGCAUAUAUAAGAGAGGUCAGAGGUCAUGGAUGAACUGCAGAUAAAAUCCUGACGGAGAGGUGGAUGGACUGAUCCAUGCAUGAACAGCAGGGGGUAUUUAGUCGUUUGGAUGCGUGUAUGUUUGUAUCCGUUUCACACACUACUGGACUCUAGAUGGGACUCCUGUUAUUUUGGUCCGUUUGCACCAACAGGUCAGAACCGUUAAAGAUAAGAAAGGCCGCACUUUACUCCGGUUACAUCAUCCAAAGGUACUAAGAAAAGCUGCUAGUUAGUACAUCCAUACGGAACUCGCUCACAUUUCUACAUUCAACACACUUUUAUUUGUCAUGUUUGCUAGUUAAUUGAUGCACCUUAGUGUCUAGGGAUGCCUACAAGACAAAACUGUCAAAUUGUCACAAAAACAAAAUGAUUCCCAUUUCUCUGUAUCAGGCAUAUAGGCAGAAAAAUAAUGCAUGCAGAAUAAAUAGCUUACAGAGAAGACAAAAGCUCCUAAAAGGAAACAAAAUUUCUCUCUCUCUCUCUCUCUUUUUCUCUCUUUUUCUCUCUUUCUCUCUCUCUCUCUCUCUCUCUCUCUCUCUCUUUUGCAGUAAUCAAGUUGUAAACAUUUCUAGUUUGUUCUGGCACUACAUUUUUCAACAGGGUUUUUUUGGUUGUUGUUGUUGUUUUUACAUCUGAGCAAGGCAAAUUGCAUUUGCAUAAAUGACUAAAAAGAUGUCAAAGAUGUUCCCAUAGAUUUGCUUUGUGCGGCUCAGCAACGAUAUUUGUUUCCACCUCAAAUACUCCUGACCUGGCUAACAUCCAGUUAGCAUGAAGCCAGUUAGAAUUUUGGGUGCUAUAGGGUUAAGAUCAUGUUAAGUAAUGUCACCACUGGCAUGCUAAUUAAGAAUCUUAUCCCACAAACCAUAUUGUUGCUUAUUUUUGUCUUAUGUAGUGGUAGACGAGAGUCCUGCUUUUUAGUCUAGUAUCAUGGCUAGCAGACAAUAAAUAUAUUCAAGGUUUCUUUGGCUUAUUUUCUUAUUGGACACUUUUCUAAAACUGUUUACAGUGCUCAAAAACUCAAAACGCACAUGUUUAAACACCAUCAGUGCACUAUUACAGCCAAAAGUAUGUGGACACCAGCCAUAUGUUGGACUUAGACCAAACAUUUGCAACAAAAUUGGAAGCAGAAUGUAUUUGUAUGAUGUAGCUUCACUGGAGCAAACACUGUUCCGGCAUGACGAUGCCCCUGUGCACAAAACGAGCUCCAUGAAGACAUGGUUUGCUAGCUGGAAUGGAAUAACACAAUUAUCUGAGACAGAACUUGGACCUCAACCCUAUUAAACCCCAUGAACUCCAUAUUAACGUCAUGCCUUUGGAAUAAGAUCCUCACUAAGCAUAUAUGGCCAUCAUGUUCAGGUGUUCACAUACUUUUGGCCAUAUAAUGUAUAGACAGAUAUCAAAGUACAGUAUAGCAAACAAGCGUCUACGAAAAUCUACGAUACACCUGGAAAAUCUUCAACUUGCUGUUAAUCAGCGCUGAACUUAAGGGACCGUCAACAAAGUGCACGUAAUUAAAAUGCAUGUUCUGUGAAAAUGCCAAACCUUCAUUAUUAAUGACUACAUCUCUAAACAAUUACAGUAACCAAAGCAGCCCAGACGACCUAGCCCAAUCAAAUGCAGCAUAAAUGUCACUCGUUUUCAGGAAAUAAUAUGAGCAGAAUUUCACUAAAAAACGCAUCGAAGCGUGAACAUUUUGACAACGGUCCCUUAAUAUCCAUUUACCUGCCAGUAAACCAUUAAAAUAGCUAUUAAACCUAGUCUAGAUAUGAGUAAGGUAUUUGAAUGAAACCAUUUUGAAUAUUCUUGUUAUUGGACGUGCUGCAAAUAUCGCAUACAAAACUCAUUUUACCUUCAGCGCUGCACGGAUAAAGGUCCUUAUUAACACGAGCUGAAUAUCAUAAAUGGUUUAUUAUAUUCUUCUUUCUAUAUUAUGCUGCUUCUUGUGUAAUAACUGCUGCCCUGUUCUAGUGCAGGAAGCAGGAAUGAAUGCGAAGCCUGGAGUGUUUCUGUUGCUCUACAGUUUCCAUAAAUAACAAAAAAACAAACAAGACCUUUUGAGUGACACAAGAAAGGAAAGACAAGUUUGGAAAAUUCCUCCAAAACACAUUAGUCGCCAUCUGAUUAUGCUGACGUCAACGCAAGUUCAUUACGAUUAUGACAGAUCGAAUCGAUAAACGACCUGCUCUUUAAGGUGGUUACCAUGGCAACAGCUUAUAGCUUGUAAUACCUGUGUAAAAACUAGUAACAAAAAAAAUAUAACAUAAUAUAGUUGAUGUAGCGGAUUUCAUUUCCACCCAGAAAGCUAUUAACUUGUUGGUGCAACGGACCCCUAGCACUCUAGCACACACACACACACACACACUCACAAAUCAUGUGUGCAUGCAGUUACACUUCACCAUCUCUGUGUAGCACCGUCUCUCAUCAUAGUCCAUUAGUUUGGAUAUGAAUAAAUUAUAUUUAAGAGGCUUCGUUUGUGGUUAUUAUUACACUUAAGCAUCAGGUCAUGGUUUAAUAAACUAAUGUGGCAUCUUUCUACAGUCUUUAAGGAAUAAAACGCAUGCUGUUAAGACAAAAAAAGACAAAUCAAAUAUAUCAAAUACAUAUUUGAUAUUUGAGACAAAUCAAAUAUAUAUAUAGAUUUGUCUUUUUUUUGCCUGAAAUACUGCCUGAGCUGCUGCUUGAGAGAAUGAAUGAAUGAAUGAAUGAAUUAAUUAAUUAAUGAAAACCUUCUGACCAAUCAGAAUCGAGAAUUCAUCAGCGCUUCUGUGCUAUAAAGCCAUAUUAACUCCUAUGAAUUAUUCAGCAUCUACUGUGGGGUGUAGUAACGAGCGUGAGAAAUGUAAAUCUGGAUUCGUCCGGCUCCUGGGUCAUUAAGGGGUUAACGCUCUGUAAUGACACUGAAUUUGUGAUCCAAAUGACCAUAUUGCCACACUUUUGAUGUGCAGGUGCAUUAUCCAUAGACGUGGGGUUGCGUUCGACAUCAUUUCCUUUCACUGUUUAUUCAUGCACUGCAGAUGUUUUAUUCAUGUUAUAUCAAGACUGAGCCGAUGUUGCAUGAAUAAAACAAUGUUGGGAAACAAUUAUUAUUUUGAGUUCCAGCCCAAUUAGACAUAUGAGAUUCAAAUGCCCUUGAAAUAAACAGUAUUUUUCACACUCGGGUUGCGGGAAAGAAGCUGCUCUGAGCAGAUGCCUAGAAAAGUAAUGUCAUGCCUGGAAUUGUUAAUGUAGCACUGCCCACAUCAUGGACGGGUCAGUGAGACUCAUUAUAAAUUAGCAACGGUAGAUCAACUAUAAUUCUGAAUAAUAGCUGAACAAUGAAAAGUGAAAUCCUGCUUGAUUUCUUGCUCACUCCUUGGCUUAGAAAGAAGUAAAAGUGGUGGCCUAUCGCAAAAGGAGGCUGAGAAGAGGACAAGCAGUUUAUUAGGAACAGCAAACAUUUCCAAAAAAAAAAACGUUAAUGCAACAUCAGAAAAACAGGCAAACUGGUCAAUAAGCAGCGAGCAGGACGAGGAUGAGGACGACUGCAAACAUUUCUGUCUCUGGAUCAAAGAUGUUCAGAAAGAUUAGCCGAUUUCCUUUAUGCGGCUUAGCAGUGAUGUUUGUUUGCAUCUCAAAUGCUGCGGAUUCGGCUAAAAUACGGUUAGCGUGUAGACAAGUGAAUAUUGAAGUGAUGCUAAUUAAGAAUCUUAUCCAGCAAACCAUAUUGUGAC